AUGAAGUGGUGGACCUCUUCUCUGCUCCUGCUGAGCUCGUCCCUGUGGGCGGCUCAUGCAUUGGAGGUUCAAUUAGACCAAACGGCGGAAGGUCGACAAAAGUGCAAUGGAAUGUACAGCAAGCAAGCUUGGGGCGGCCCCGAAGACCCAUUCAUCUCCAUCGUGUUCCCAAAGACCGACAUCCCCGAUAACCAAGAUCCUAUUGUAUCUGUCGUGGUAUUCGAAUGGAAAGACCAGUCUCUCGUCGGCAAACAGGUAGACCCGAAUUCCUAUGAGCGAGAGCUCAUUUGUACCAACGAUGCCGUUACCAUGGGCUAUUGCGAUGAAUCGGAUCUGGGCGAGUUCAUUCUCGCGCCUAAUGCAACCGAGCAGAGCAACAACUUGGUACUUACCCAGGCGAUGCAUCUGAAGAGCUCUGCCCCGAUCAAGUACAUGAUCAAAAAGACUGGCUACUACUGUGUGGGUGCCAAGGGUUUCAACACUGAAGAGUUCAUGGGAAUCAUUGAGUUCCGCGAGGCAUACGGCGAGUUGCCUGCAACUCAGAUUCCAAAGCUCCCAUUCUACGGUGGUAUCACUAUUCUGUACGCGGUGGUGGUUGUCUUUUGGGGCUUCCUAUACUACCAGCAUCGAUAUGAUAUACUUCCUGUUCAGAACUAUAUCACCGCAAUCCUGGUAUUUUUGGUUGUCGAAAUGUUGAUGACGUGGGGUUUCUAUGACUAUUUGAACAGCAAUGGCUCCAACGUUGGCGCCCGCGUCUUGCUGAUUAUCGUUGCCGUCCUGAACGCCUUCCGCAACUCGUUCUCGUUCUUUCUGCUCUUGAUCGUGUGCAUGGGCUACGGAGUGGUCAAGCCUUCGCUCGGAAAAACCAUGACCUAUGUCCGUUAUUUGGCAAUCGCCCACUUCAUCUUCGGACUGGUAUAUGCGAUUACCAGUCUCCUGGUUUCUCCUGACACUGCCAGCCCAUUCGUUCUCCUCAUUGUACUCCCUCUGGCCGGUACCUUGACUGCCUUUUAUGUUUGGACCUUGAACUCCCUGAACUUCACGCUUAAGGAUCUCCGUGAACGCAAGCAGACCGUGAAAGAAGCCAUGUAUAAGAAGCUCUGGUGGUGCAUCUUGAUUUCGAUCAUGGUGAUCUUUGGCUUCUUCUUUUUCAACUCGUUUUCUUUCGCGUCCGCAACGGACCCGGACUAUGUGCCUUUCCACUGGAAGUCACGCUGGUUCAUUCUCGACGGCUGGCUCAACCUGGUCUACUUUGCUGACGUUGCCUGGGUGGCGUACGUGUGGCGCCCAACCGCAAACAACAGACGUUUUGCCAUGAGUGACGAGAUUGCCCAAGACGAAGACGGCGGCUUUGAGUUUGCAGAUGUCGGCAACCCAGAUGACUCUGACGAUGAUGAAGAGGCUAUUAUUGGAACAAAGCCUCCUGCUCCGCGACAACCGAUCUCGUCUUCGUAUGCCCAGCCGUCGAGUACCCAACAACGGGAGGGCAAUGCGAGAGCCGAAAGCCCAAGAGACUCGUUCGAUGAUGGUGAGACGAUAUUCGCAGUCGGUGAAGACGGCGACAAGUUUAGUGAUGACGAGGACGAUGAGGAGAGAUCGAAAUUGGUGCCAGGAAAGAAGUAA